AUGACCUUAAACACACUAAUCACUACAAUAAAUGCUGACUGGAACAAAAAAGAACAACAAAAUACUCUUUCAAUGUCAAUUAACCAGCCCAGCGGUCGUUCAGGCGCAGAAACUAGCCCAAUCUCGGAGCACCUCGGCUGUAACCGAGUGAACCCCCGCGGGCCGGCUCCUCUCUACAGUCGUCUGACAGUUCGGGACCGAGUCCGCGGCGCGGCGGCCGCCGCUCUCCCGACGCCGGGCCCUCGGCGGGCGCCUCGACACGACGGGCAGGGCGUCCCGGCCGGCCACCGCCUCCCCGGCCAGACCUCGCGCCGGCCGGUGCAUAAUGAAACAGACUCGGUAGAAGAAAGCCUUUCCGUCCGUCCCCUCAUUGGACGACCGGAAACAAAACUCAUAGAACUGAACAAAGAAAUCGAAAAAUCCAUAAUCAUACUUGGAGACUUUAACACUCCUCUCUCAACAACUGACAGAAUGGCUAGACAGAAAAUUAUUGACAUAGAAGAACUCCGCACCAUCAACCGGCUUGCAUUUGGGUGGCUGGAAACUAGUGACUACAGCCCUGAGUUUUCACCGCCUGGCAAACAGAGCUCUGGAAGUACAGGCUUUAGGAAGUCAUUGUGUAAAGGGAAAAAUAGAGUAAAAUCCACCUUUGAAGAUUUAAAUAGGACAGCUUAUCUGGUUUUAUGCCGACGUGAAGAUUGCUUCUGGAUAGUGGACAAGGUAAAGAAAAGAACAGGUUCAUACCUUUGUCCUUCUCUUUUUGAAGACCUGUUCGACACGAGGGUGUUCUUUAGCAACUUAAUGUCUGAAAUAUGAAGCAAAAAGCCCUGUGAUCAUAACAAACAAAAACUUUGAUGACAACUCUUCAUGUAAAACUGUGCUGUUUUAUUAUGUAUUUUAAUGCUGUUGGAACAUUCCAGUUACCAAUUUUUUUCUCCACUGCCUGGGAGUGCCUUGGAAAAGACCUUAGGAGGGAAGACCCCUCUUCUAGGUUGCUAUAUAUAUAUAUAUAUAUGUUUUAGAAUGACUUUAUUGAGGUAUAGUUGCCAUACAAAAAGCUGCACAUACUUAAUUAUACAACUGGAUAGCCUGGAGAUAAGUAUCCACCCAUGAAACUCCCAUCACAGUCUAUGCAAUAAACAUCUAGUCCCCCAAAGUAUUUCCUCUUACCCUCUUUGUUACGAUUAUUUUUUUGUCAUAGGAACACAACGUAAGAUCUAUCCUCUUAGCAAAUGGUAAAGUACAUAACACAGUAUUGUUAACUAUAGACGCUAUUUUUUACCCAAGUUAUCAGCGUCUCCCUACCCUGGCUGGGGACUAGUAUACUCCCUCAGUGUCAUUCUUCACUCAUACCUUACUCUGCCCCUUGGACAGUGUGUCGCAAAGGGCUACUGAUUCUUCCUCCUAAAUUUCUCAAUACCACCCUUCCUUGCCGUGACCUGCCACUUCUCCAGCUGGGAUGUCACUUGUCUCCUUCCUGGACUGAUCCAGUGUCUUUCUGGCAGGUCUUUUUGCCUCCUUACAGUGCGGCCACCAUAUGGCAGCUGCAGAGCCCUUGCCAACACAGGUCUCUAACUCAGCACCCUCUGCAGAAGAAAGGGAUAAAGAAAGGGGGGGUAAUCAGAAGGGGGAAUGAAACAUGAGAGACUAU